AUGAUUAAAAUAGGGAUAUUCUUAGUAUUGAUAUGUCUUGGAUAAUGUUAGGAUUUAUUAACAUCAAUAAAAAAUUAUGCUGAUGGAAUUGCUUAAUCAAAUAUCACUUAAAAAAUACUUAUAGAUUUUGCUCCAUUAUUAUUGCCUUUAACAAUACUAUCUAUAAUUUUAAUAUAAUUGAUGAAGAUUUGUUUCAAAAGAUAAAAAUUUUAUGAUAAAUUACCUUAAACAGAAUAAUAGGCCAAUAAAAAAACAAUUAAAUUACCAUUAAAACAUAAAAUGCAAUUAUAUUUUAUGAGAUAUUAUUGUUAAUUUUUGAGAUUAUUUACACAUUGA